CUAAGAUUAUUUUCAUUCUAUUAUAGCAUUAUGAAGCCUAAUAAUAAUUUCAUUCUUUUUUAUGUUUUUCUCUUGAUGAUCGUCAAUCUUAAUGUUUUGAAUGCUAAGGAUCAAGGCCGUGGUCAUGGCCGUGAUCGUGGUCGGAAAGUACCGGAUAGUUGCCCUCAGCUCGAAACAAUUUCAAGGAAAAUUACAUGGAAGAGAGUUGCAUCUAACCCUACCUUGCCAGCCAAGUUAAUUAGGAUGCAAUUCCAUGAUUGUUUCGUUAGAGGUUGUGAUGGUUCAAUAUUGCUGGACUCAACAAAUACAUCAAAAGCUGAGAAAGAAGCCAUACCGAACAGAUCUCUAUCAGGAUUUGAUGUAAUUGAUGAGAUUAAAGCUGAAGUAGAAGAUAAAUGCCCUGGAUUGGUUUCAUGUGCUGAUAUUCUUGCUUUGGCCGCAAGAGAUGCUGUGUCUUACCAAUUUCGUAGAUCGUUAUGGCCGGUUGCGACCGGAAGGAAAGACGGACGAGUUUCGUUGGAAUCGGAUGCUGAUAGGGAUAUUCCGUCUCCGGCGGCUAAUUUCACAGUUCUUCUUCAACAAUUUCAGACCCUUGGACUUGAUGUUGAGGAUCUUGUUGCUUUAUCAGGAGCUCACACAAUUGGAGUAGGGCACUGUGUAAUAAUUACAAAAAGACUCUUCAAUUUUACAGGAAAUGGAGAUACAGACCCUACACUUGAUAAAAAUUACGCAAAUUUCUUGAAAAAACAAUGCUCAAAUCCUUCUCCUAAUUCUACUACCACAGUAGAGAUGGAUCCACAAAGCUCCUUAAACUUUGAUACCAAUUAUUUUGUCGCAAUUAACCAAAAUAAAGGCUUAUUUCAAUCCGAUGCAGCUUUACUCAGUAACACAGAAGCAGCUAAAUUUAGUGGCAUUUUUGAAAAUCCAGAAGCUUUUUUUCCUAGCUUUGCUAAAUCUAUGGUUAAAAUGGGUUCAAUUGGUGUACUUAGAGGGAAUCAAGGAGAAAUUAGAAAGAAAUGCAAUAUUGUUAAUUGAUUAUUAUAUAGAAUUAGUAUUGUUUUUGUAAUU